ACAUUUUUUAAUCGUUUUUAUCGCGUUUUUAUCACAAUGUCUUUAAGCACAGACACGAUGAAACCUUUGGCUGGAUUAAGGCCUAAAUUGGAGCCGUGGGAAGUAAUCAAGUGGACAGACAGUCAGUUGAGCAGCAUGUACAAAGAUUGGGGAAUCUAUUUCGAUCGAACGCAGAAUCUAGCGGCUAGCAUGCAAUAUUUUACUAAAUCUCUGGAUAUUUACCAGUAUGAUACUGAAACAUUAAGAAGGCGUGGUUGCAUUAAACGGAAGGAGGCUCGAGCACCUGACGCUCUUCUUGACAGCAAGAAAGCCAAAGAAAUCUUAAGGCAAUACAAUCCGAAAUUAUUUGAUCCGAACGUUAACUUGGAGGUUUGUGAUUCCCUUUACGAAUCAAAUAGGCUGGAGGAUUCCAUGAGAAGUCUUCAUCAAAAUCUAAAAGUCUUUAGUCAUUCACAAGCACAGAAAGUGUUGGAUCGUCUGAAUGUGAUCACUGAAAACUUUCAUGAUUCUCUCUCAGACGCAACAGCACCAGCUGUGCAUCGUCUAAUUGACAAAAUGACUUUAGAUAAAGCCAACCAGCCAAAGUACGAGAAGCCCGAGUGUGAUGUGCUCAGCAUUUUGGAAAACGAGCCAGAGUUGCUUUCGCCUCUUGAGAAGAGGAGACGCAAACGUGAGUUUAAAAUCUACAAUCAAAACUAUUUGCAUAAAUGCUGGACGGACGCUUCGUUCCUUAAGAGUAUACGCGAAAAUCCGAAUCUCUUGAUUGAUCAGUUUACCGAAUCAUCAACACACUUAAAAUCACUGACUGAAGAACGAUACAAAGUAGUGCGUACUUUUACGAAAAUGCUACAUACGCGCUGUCCAAAAUACUGUCGUCAGAUCCAUAAGUAUCCGAACGAGGAACUGCAUCAAAAGUAUCAGCAAGAGAAUCUCUUUCGCAUACAGUAUCAAACGAGGCGAAAUAUGUUUAAGAUACUGCGCAAUAUACGAAGUCUAAUUCGUGCUGGAAAGUUGCACAAAUUAACAACGUUUGUGGAAGAAGUCAUGGGCGAUUAUGUAACAAUCAAAACGAAUCGAAUAAUGCCUUGGAAAUUUGAAUUCAUCAAUGAGGUCUACAACUACUUGGGUUUAGCUCGCAUUAAUGAAUACAAGAUUCCAAGUGACAUGAAAGUAUUGACAGGAAGACAACGCCUACUGACUCUUUUCAGGUUACCAACCGAUCUUGGGAUUAGCCAAACCAAAGCUAGGGAUAGCAUUCUACGUGAGCUCGUAAGGCGGACUAAUGAGACCGAUUUAAAGGCUGAAAGGUUCAAAUUUCUUACAACACGCUAUGAAUAUCGCAUGCGAUUCGCCAAAUAUCCCAUAGAACGCAGCUAUCUUUUACAUGAACUAGCCCAGGCGCAUUUAGAUAAUAACUCCUUUGACACCUGCUGCUUACUAGCCCGUCAAUCCAUAGAUGAGGCUCUAAAGGGCAGACACUACAUUUGGGCCGUCCUGAGUGCACUUGUGGCUUGCAAGGCCCAUGCCAUACUUGGCAAAGUUGAGAAGCAAAAGGAAAUGUUAACUGAAGCAUUCAAAAUGGCCAAAAAGCUAAAGAACAUUGAUCUGUGUCUGUUCAUCGACAUAUGUCUGAAAGUAAAUACUGAGGAAAUUGAGCUCAAGAGGCAACUGAUUACACCCGAGGGCAGUUUAAGGAGAAGACAACGUCGAUCAGGAAGCAGUUUCGAGAAUUCGCCUUCAGAAACAUCAGUUCAUGCAAGUAAUUCGCCUUAAUUGUAUUUUAUUUGUGUCGCAAUGCAGAUUCAUCUUUAAUGUGUCCAAAUUAAAAAGCGCUCCUUGUGCUUCAACUUAUUUGGUAAACCUAA